AUGGUCAAAGCCAAGGACACCGUCAUCGAAGAAUUUAAUGACCUGGUCAACAUGACCCCCAAUGAGCUCCGCGACUGGCUCAAAGACGAGCAAUCGCAGUCGUCCGGCUGGACCGGCUCAUCCGGAGAAACAAUCGGACAUCAAAGCGGUCGCAAAAUCGUCAGCAUCCUCGAACACAACCCCUCCAAGGACCCUGAGCACUACACAGACGAGGACAAAGAUCACAUGCGGAAGGUAGUAUCCUACUGCAAGCGACAUCUAGCACAGGAAGCCGAAGCGAAGCAAGACCCAAAUAGUAAGAGUCACCGGUCGUUGAAGAACUGGGGGCAUGAUCCAUUUAAAUCUUGA